AUGGAUAUCAUUGGUAACUAUGGUAAAGCGUCAGGCCAAGAGGUAAACAUGGAUAAAUCCUCUAUUAUGUUCGGUAAAAAAGUGCCUUCAGAGGUCAAGGAAAAGGUUAAGUCCGUCAUUGGCAUUUCCAAGGAAGGGGGUUUGGGCUCCUAUUUGGGAAUCCCUGAGAGUCUUGGAGGAUCGAAAGCUCAAGUUUUCGGUUAUGUUCGCGAUCGGUUGAAUGACCGGGUAAAUGGUUGGAAUGCAAAAUUUUUAUCUAAGGGAGGGAAGGAGGUUUUACUAAAGUCGGUAGCUUUGGCCCUGCCCACGCAUGGAAAGAUCGGGGGCUCCACUGGGUGGCUUGGGAUAAAAUGUGUAAGGAUAAAUCAGAGGGAGGAUUGGGAUUUCGGGAUUUGGAAAUUUUUAAUGAUGCGUUAUUGGCUAAACAGUAUUGGCGUUUAA